AGGAGAAGAUGCCGACUUGAGUGAGACGCCCCGACUGGAUAAUGUAUAUACAAUAUGCCGGUGGGUACUAUAUUUAUGUUGACUUUUUAUGUCUCACGCUACUAGCUCUACUCCGUGGCGGUUCCAACAUAAUAAUAAACCACGAACUCGCCUAUCCAGUCCAAAUAUCCAGUCGUACUUCCCUUCUAUGCUACAACUAAUUAUCAUUCCCAUACAACACAACGAUCAGUCGAAAUAAUGGAGGCAAAGGCCGAAAAUCCUGUGGAGGUUCAGCUUCCUGAGUACACAGCCGCUGAGGUCGCAUCGCAUAACCACAAAGAUGAUAUCUGGAUCAUUGUUCAUGGCAAAGGUAAGACUCCAACUAUCAGGUUAGACUCAACAGGACUAAGGCAGAAUAGUUUUCGAUAUCACAAACUAUCUCCAAGAUCAUCCUGGUGGCGCAGAGAUCCUCAUAGAAACUGCGGGCACAGAUGCCACGGAAGCAUUUGAAGACGUUGGCCAUUCCGAGGACUCGGUAGAGAUCAUGCAGGAAUUCCUAAUCGGCACUCUAGAAGGUGCUAAAGAAUACGUCCCACCCAAGAAGGUCCAACUAGUUGCUCAGAAGCCGGAGACCGUUCCUCAAUCAUCUAGGAGCCGCCCGGUGGGAACAAUUGCUGGUGUGCUGGGAGCAUUGGCAUCCGUACUUUAUGUCUAUCAACGGAGUACUUUUGGUUCCCUGGUUCCAAAGAAUGAGAUUAGCCAACUCAUUCCUCAAUAUUUCAACGGAAUCAGAAUGCCUCGCGGAGGGUUCACCAAUGGUUUCCUUACGGCUGCAGCCAUCUCUGCGAUAGUUGGCACAGCUGUGGCCCGUCAAGCAGCCAAAUUUACCAAGAUCGACUCGGGCUUCUUGCGCUACCCUCCACAUAUCAAAUCCCGAAAGGUAAUGAAAGCUGACCUGCACUUGGCUAAAGGAUUUCUGGAUGCCAAAGAAUUCAAGAGCUUGCCUUUGGUUGAAAAGGAUCAACUAUCUCCCAACGUCUAUCGAUUCGUCUUCGCUUUGCCCAAUUCUAAGGGAGUCAUUGGACUUCCUAUCGGACAACACGUAGCUAUCCGCGCACUUGUUGAUGGUACGACGGUAUCUCGGUCUUACACCCCAGUGUCAAACAACUUGGACCUCGGUCGCUUGGAGCUAGUCGUCAAGUGUUACCCUGAAGGUCUGCUCACUGGUCAGUACCUCGCCAACUUAAACGUGGGAGAUGAAGUUGAGUUCCGGGGUCCCAAGGGAGCGAUGCGUUACAGCAAGGGGCUCUGCACCAAGCUCGGCAUGGUCGCUGGAGGAACAGGUAUCACACCUAUGUAUCAACUCAUCCGUGCCAUCUGUGAGGAUGAGCGGGACACGACUGAGAUCAGCUUGAUCUACGCCAACCGGACGGAGGCAGACAUCUUGUUGAGGAAAGAACUAGAGGCUUUUGCGCGCAAGUAUCCCAAGAACUUCAAGCUUUGGUAUAUGCUGGAUAGUGCUCCAGAUGGUUGGGCCUAUGGAACUGGCUUUGUGAACCAGGAAGUCCUUAGCCAACAAUUACCGGGCCCAUCCGAGGAUACUAAAGUCCUCUUGUGUGGGCCUCCCGGUAUGGUCAACGCGACCAAGAAGACGUUGGCGGCCAUGGGCUUCCAAAAGGCGGGAGCGGUGUCGAAGAUGAGCGACCAGAUUUUCUGUUUCUAAUUAUUAUCCCUAUUUUGACUUUCUCUUUACGUUCCCUCUCUCUCCAUCCCUCCCUGUGAACUUGGGUUUCUAUGGGCGGUUUUAAUGUAUAUAGACUGUAAUAUCCAUCAGUAUAUUGCUUGAGAGGUAUUUAUCUUUCUCUGACAUCCAGGCAUCAACGAAAAAGGAAAUGGCUGUCCGAAACCUUGAGCCUUGUCUCAUGGCUUAGAUAUGUGGUACCCACCAGAAGGCUUUCGAGUUGACAGGACCGGCGUAUCAUGGCCCCCUAGUUUCUCUCAGGCCAUGUUGUGGUGGAG